CAGUUUUAAUUCUCUGUUUGCUAAACAAUUCUAAAAAGAAUUUGUUUUUCUGGAGGAGCAGCAUCAGCUGUUUCCCAGUCUUGGUUUGAACGCAAGCUAACUCACACUGCAAUGUCUCAAAUUAAAAUUACGAAAAAUUCAUAUGAGGAGAACUUCGAAAAAAAACACUACAUGGAUAAUAAUAAUAAUAAAAUCAAAAUUUUAUUUGUUAUUAAUAUUUAGCAUAGACACUCACCCACUAGAGUUGCCCAGAGAGUGAAACAUCGAAAGCCAGACGAAACAAUCGAUGAGUGAGAAAAUGUAACUAGUCCCAUCUCUAGCCACGGAUCAGCUGUUUGCAAACAAAAUAUUGGCGUUCUAAUUAGUUAUUGCUUCGAUGUUAGUGCAUUAAUGGACUGCUGCGGCAACGAAGUACGCAGCGAGAGUAUCUACAACAUGCUACAGGCCCUGGUGGACUCGAAGGUGAUCGACGUGCAGCUUUUGUCGAUUGCCGUGGGCAUUUUCUUCGUGGUCAUGCUGCUGAAAAACAAUUUUCGCAGCUUUUCUGUCACUUCUAUGGUUUUUGGAGCACUCCUCGAGGCAGUGACGUCACGCACAUUAUAUGUGUAAUAAUUUGGGUGCUAGUACGUACGCGUGCUUUUUUCGGUCUCAGGGUCGUCGUUUUAUUUCGGAGGUGUUUGCACAACAACCCCAAAAAUAUAAUUGUUUUCGAAGGCCGGGUGAACUGGUUUGACGGCCCCCGAAACUUCCACGGAACGCGCAAAAAAAAGAAGAAAAAAUAGAGUCCAGAAUUGGUUAAUUUCAUCAUUAGGCAACUGUGAUUCAUGGCAAGCUGUCUUGCGAUAAGAUAGCUUAUUCGAAUACUCGAAGUAAGUUCUACUUGGAACCGGCUUUCUCAUCCAAGAACUGCUGAACUUUUGCCCCAAUUGCCGGAGUAGAAGCCAUAUCCAAUCACACUCAAUUGCUAUCCACAAACGAUUCCAAUUGACCGGCGACUGAUUGCCCAAUGUCUGCACGCACUUCCUGGUGCAGCAUUAGAAUUCAAUAGACGCCCGACUUCAGCUGGCUCCGUUCUGCAAUCCCGCACUGACUCAUUGCCCGGCUCUUUCAGAAUUUAUGCAAUACUGCGGUACGUGCUCUUAUGCUAAAAUAUUGCAUUAGAACACCCAGCGAACGUGACUUGAUUGCAGGGCUGGAAAUAGCAGCACUACCUUUAAGCCCUCGGAUAAGCCACUAAGCCAAGUCUACCUAUUCUCCUGAAAAUAAAUAUAAAAUAAAAUAUCCUUAAACGUCAA